GGUGUCCCAUCUUCCCCCACCCUACUAUAUACGUUUUAAAAAAUAAAUGGUGAAAAGAAUUGUUUCGGGUCGAAAGAUAUUUUUUGUGGUUCUGUGUGAAAAUAUGAAAUCAGGUCACACAAUUUGACGUGCUAAAUUUUGUUGAAUUGUUGUGUACGUAUAGUAUCGCAUUUACCGUGAGUCUAUGCCAUAAACGACCUGCGUAUAUUCUAUUGUUUAUUCAAUCUAUUGUACAAGCCGGGUGUAUUAAUCUGAUUCCCAUUAGAACAACGUGUGGAAACAAAAGACAGCAUGUGUGUGCAGCGCGCGCAAUACCGUUAUGCAUGUGUCAAGCAAACAAUACGCACAUACACGAACACGUAAAGCACAUCGUCGAAACAAAGCAUGAAAACAUUGCUUCGCACGAUUCGACGUGCUGAUUCCGGCACAGAAACGGAAAUCUGGCCUAUUCUAUCUCGUCUAUCCCAGCUCACCACGUAUCAUACCUGGCUACGCGGCGCGCGAGACCACCAUAUACUUAUAUGCUGCACCAGUACGCAGACCGACGUCCUCGGAAAUAGCCUAUUUGAAUCUGGUAGAUGACAUGGGAACGAACAACAACAGCAGUGAUUUCGCGCGAUGAUUUAACGCCGAAAGUGGUGGGAAAGCGGACAAACGGAAGAUAUAAAGGAAUAUAAGCAUGUCUACUCAGUUGGCUGUUGUGUUAAUAUUUUUGGUGGCGCAGUUCUUUGAUACUGGGGAUGCAGUAUACGCGUACCAGACCUGCAGCUCCACGAAAGAACCGUUCAAGUUAGCUUACUACAAAUGUAAAAGUGUCUGCAUUCAAACAUGCAACGAAACAAAGCAGAUGGCGGGUACAUGUAUGCCAUUACCUUCUGGCUGUCCAAACAAAACAACCACAUGUGGCGCCAAAGGUUGUGAAUGCAUUCCAAGUAUAAAGCUACCAGGGAACCCGUAUUCAAUGGAAAAUAUUACGAAAGCGAUGACACCAGUCGUUAAAUGUGGGCCAGAUUCAAUUAAAGUCAUAAUCAACAAGUGUGCUGCAAACGCGCACGGGUAUCGACUUGGGGACUUUUACCUAAACGGUAUUACCGCUACGCCAAUAACAGACACCAAUCUUCCUUUGCUUUCUGUGGACCCGAAUAACACGUGCAAAGGAAGCGUGUCCUUCAGCGCUGGUUCGAUUGAUUAUGAAUUUGUCAUCAAGGGGAAUUUAACUGCAUGUAAUGGGACAGCUAAGAUUGAUCCCGGAUACAAAAACAUCACAUACUCAAAUGCCCUCCAGGCCAUCGUUGGUAAUGUGACGUCAGUAAUAUCCAGGAAACGUUCUUUGUUCGUCGAGUUUACUUGCAGUUAUGCUCUCAAUCUAAACUUAACGCUGGGUCGACCACUGGUCCCAACAAACAGAGACGUGAGAAUCGACAGUGGAACUUCCGAGGGAAAAUUUGUUGUCAGUUUAAACUUAUGGGAGACAACUUGGAAGUCGACGCCUUAUAUCUCGCCCAAAGCAAUUGUCUCCAACAGCUACAUUUACGUCACUGUGGACGCUGGUACUGCAGAUCCCGGAAGGUUUAAACUACAGAUUACUUCAGCAAAGGCCACACCAACAAGUUCGCCUUCGGACAAAAUCUUUUAUCCUUUGUUAGUUAACGGAUGCCCGAACCCAGCCGAAACACUUGCCGACGGUAUUGUGGUGGACACGAACGGCCAAGGACUCGAUGCUCAAUUCAAAUUUCGAGUUUUCCAGUUUGUUAACCUUCCUAUUGGUCAACCGCAGUUAGUUUAUAUUCAUGUUGUGGCGCAUUUAUGCGACGAGGCGGUUGAAGGCAAUUGUACGAUGGUUUGCAAACCAGGCAACCGAGGUCGUCGUGAACUUCGUUACGACUCCAAGAACACGAUUGUUGCGAGUUCCCAGCCAAUCCUUGUGCUUAAACGCAAUGAAGAUGAAACUGAAGAUGACGUCACAGAAACUGAAACUAAGAAAACAGAUAUGUCGUUGGAGGGCGCUGUAAGUUGGGCAAAGGGGAGCUGGCUUGCGCUCUUGGUAAUCAUCCUGAUCGUUGUUCUCAUCGGAUUUCUUCUUCUUUCUCUUUGUAUCCUCAUUUACAAAUCAACCAGACACAAUCAGGAGGAUUUUAAACCACUCAUACAAGCAACCACAUAGUCGUAAAAAUCUUUCCAACGUUUAUGUAUUUUUUUUUCAAUGUUAAUGUAAUUAAUUAUAGACUCGAAAAUAUUAAGAAAUAAAACAGUUUAGAUUUGA